AUGCAGAAAGCGACAAACUAUCGCAGGAUAACGUCCUUCAGCGGCACUGAAGGUUUCCCGCUUUCGUGGUUUGCUUUUGCUUGGACCUUCUCCUACCUGGCAUGGCUAGGCGUCGCCGUAAUGUUCAUUCCCAUGAUGUACAAUUGCUGGGUGCAUCUUGGUCUUGAGCUGCUCACCGUCGUGUUUUGGAUGAUCACCAUGGCUCUAUUGGCCAGCCACGCCGACGACCUUGACUCUCUCGACGCCUUCAUCGUCACUUUCGGGCCCAAGUAUGAAGUGUACUACAAGAUGAAUGUUGAACCUUUCGCCGAAGGCUUUGUAGCCGCCACAUAUGCCGGGACUGCCCUAUCGACCGUCAACUUUGUUCUUUUCAUCCUCACCAUCGCAAUCUUUGGCCGCGCCCUCCAUGCUUACCGCAAAGCCAACCUUGAAAAGGCCCCCAGCACAACCGACUCUCAGAAGACGAUCCAAGCCGAAGGCGACAAGAUGGUCGCCUCACCGCAAAUGACAUCCGCGAUCCCAGCAUACAUCCACUGGCAACACAACAACAACCAGUACCACCCGCAACACCAGCAGACAUAUGCCUACUACGCCCAGCCAUAUGCGCAAUCGCCGCACUCGCAAACGAACCCCUCGCCGCCGAAUUCCGUCCCGCCGCACGGGUUCCAGCCGGCGUACUUCCCCAACCCGCAAUGGCUGCCCCAGCCACCACCACCUCAACACCAACCGCAACCGCAACCGCAACAACCGCCCCCCGAAGGCGGCGUCUGGCCGCAGCAGAACUACACCAUGUACCAGCAGCAAGUGCCCAUCGCUCCCCAGCACACGGGCCAGACGGGCACCGACCUCGGCACGCCGCAGUUCCCGAUGGUAAGCCCCGUUGCCGCGACCAAGUCCGACUAUCAAGGCGUCUACCCGACGCCGCCGCCGGGAAGCACGACGACGGCCGGAGGGGUACAGCACGGCUACAUGGCGCCUCAGCAGCCGCCGCCGCCGCCGCCACCUGCGCCGAUACCCGGGUCGGCGCAGUCGCCGGUCGAGUUGAACGACGGGCUGGGCGAGCCGGGUAUGCCUGCGGAGCUGCCGAACGAUCCGCCCAGGUCACCGAGAUGA